UGAGCUGUGCCUACGUCGGCCUCGACUCCCGGGGGCUGGAGGAGUUACCUUUGGAGCCCUAAAGGAGGAAGGAAGCAAAAUAUCAACAACAGCCGAGGCGGCUCGGGCGCUCGGCCCCGGUCCUCUCCGCCCGCCUUCCCCCUGUCCGCCCCCGCGUCCUCGACGGGGGCUCAGGCCCCCCGGCGCCGCCCAGGGCCCGCGCGGACGCCGGCCUCAUUUAUUAUUCUCCCCGCUCGGAGCUGAGGCCUCCCGGUGUUGAAGAUCCUUCGGACUAGUGUCGCGGGCUACCCCUUCCCGGCCGUGACACCCACCUUCCCCCAGAAGGGCCGGCCAGCAGGCCCCCCCUGCCCCUCCUGCCCCACCUGGAUCCAGAAUUUCAGUGCUGAACCCUGGCCUUGUGUUGGACACCAUGCCAUCUAACUCUGAGGCUGUACAGAAGGUGUCCUGUAGACCAUGAACUGAACACUGGUCCCAGACUGUUCAUGAGCAGAGUUUAAGGUGUGCCUACACCACCACCCAGCGAUCCCCUCCCCGACUUAGCACUGAGGAUCCCCGGAGAAGAUGGGGAGGAAAAAGAUUCAGAUCCAGCGAAUCACUGAUGAGCGGAACCGACAGGUGACAUUCACCAAGCGGAAGUUCGGGCUGAUGAAGAAGGCAUACGAGCUGAGUGUGCUCUGCGACUGCGAGAUUGCGCUCAUCAUCUUUAACCACUCCAACAAGCUGUUCCAGUACGCCAGCACCGACAUGGACAAGGUGCUGCUCAAGUACACGGAGUACAACGAGCCGCACGAGAGCCGCACCAAUGCCGACAUCAUUGAGACCCUGAGGAAGAAGGGCUUCAACGGCUGCGACAGCCCGGAGCCCGACGGGGAGGAUUCGCUGGAACAGAGCCCCCUGCUGGAGGACAAGUAUCGGCGCGCCAGCGAGGAGCUGGACGGGCUCUUCCGGCGCUAUGGGUCAGCUGUCCCGGCCCCCAACUUUGCCAUGCCUGUCACGGUGCCCGUGUCCAAUCAGAGCUCACUGCAGUUCAGCAAUCCCAGCGGCUCCCUGGUCACUCCUUCCCUGGUGACGUCAUCCCUCACCGACCCACGGCUCCUGUCCCCUCAGCAGCCAGCACUACAGAGGAAUAGUGUGUCUCCUGGCCUGCCCCAGCGGCCAGCCAGUGCCGGGGCCAUGCUCGGGGGAGAUCUUAGCAGUGCUAAUGGAGCCUGCCCCAGCCCUGUCGGGAAUGGCUAUGUCAGUGCCCGGGCUUCCCCUGGCCUCCUCCCCGUGGCCAACGGCAACAGCCUAAACAAGGUCAUCCCUGCCAAGUCUCCGCCCCCGCCCACCCACAGCGCCCAGCUUGGAGCCCCCAGCCGCAAGCCUGACCUGAGGGUCAUCACUUCCCAGGGAGGAAAGGGGUUAAUGCAUCACUUGACUGAGGACCAUUUAGAUCUGAACAAUGCCCAGCGCCUUGGGGUCUCCCAGUCUACCCACUCACUCACCACCCCAGUGGUUUCUGUGGCAACGCCGAGUUUACUCAGCCAGGGCCUCCCCUUCUCUUCCAUGCCCACCGCCUACAACACAGAGUACCAGUUGACCAGUGCAGAGCUCUCCUCCUUGCCAGCCUUCAGUUCACCUGGGGGGCUGUCGCUAGGCAACGUCAGUGCCUGGCAGCAGCCGCAGCAGCCGCCCCAGCCGCAGCCUCCGCAGCCCCAGCCCCAGCCGCAGCCCCAGCCGCAGCCCCAGCCGCCCCAGCAGCAGCCACAGCCGCCUCAGCAGCAGCCUCACCUGGUCCCCGUCCCUCUCAGCAAUCUAAUCCCGGGCAGCUCCCUGCCCCACGUGGGUGCCGCCCUCACGGUCACCACCCACCCACACAUCAGCAUCAAGUCGGAACCAGUCUCCCCGAGCCGCGAGCGCAGCCCUGCGCCUCCCCCUCCAGCUGUGUUCCCAGCUGCCCGCCCUGAGCCUGGUGACGGUCUCAGCAGCCCAGCUGGGGGCUCCUAUGAGUCGGGGGACCGGGAUGACGGACGGGGGGACUUCGGGCCCACGCUGGGCCUGCUGCGCCCAGCCCCAGAGCCUGAGGCUGAGGGCUCAGCCGUGAAGAGGAUGAGGCUCGACACCUGGACAUUAAAGUGACGAUUCCCACUCCCCUCCUCUCAGCCUCCCUGAUGAAGAGUUGACAAUCUCACACCGCCCACCCCUCCCUGUCCUGGGCUCCUCCCGCUCGACCCCCACUUCCUUUCUUGUGCUCCAUGUCCUGUUGACGGUUACAUUUGUGUAUAAUUAUUAUUAUAUUAUUAUUAUUAUUAUAUUUUUUUUAAUUUGGAUUCUCGCUUUGGAGAGGGGGAUGCUCCCAUCCCCUCUUUGUGCACCCCCCGCCAUUUUCACUGGCUGGGGGGGGCUCUUUUUUGCGGGAAGGGGGGGACACUUUGCACGUUGUACACAUAUGCUGCAGGAGGGGGUGGGGGGCCCGAUAGGCCUUUGGGAAAGGACAGGUGCCGAGCCCUGCAUGCGGAGCCCUCCCACCCCAUCCCCCAGAUAGAGGGAAGUAACCAAAAAAACUACCAAACAACAAAACCCCUUACAAAGACUGAAACCCCAAAGUCGGCUUGAUGGGUGGGGUUGUGUUUUGGGGGAAAGUGAGGCAGAGGUUCUAAAACGGAUCUCUGCUUCUGGACUGUUCCUGUGGCUGCAGGCACACAGGGCAGAAUACCCAAGCCUGGCCCCCAAAUGCCCCUGCAUGCACACAACACACUCUCACUGAUUCUUAUGUGAGCUGCACCCCCAAGGAGAUGGGAGGCCAGCCGAGCUUUUGGGCUGGGAAUCUGAGGCUGGGGAUAGGGUUUGAGGCGGGGGCCCCUCUGAAGCACAUUUGGAGAGAAGGACAGAGCCAUGAGGAGGGGCAGAAGGGCUGGGGUGAGGGGCGAAUUGGGGCCCCCUCCCUUCCCCAGCAUUUUCUCUAAGAUAUACAGUGCAAUAGCUCACCACCCCUCAGUUGACACCAGCCCUGCAAAGCUGGCCACAAAGUGCAGGGAGAACUGGGGAGAGGGACUUGAGUGAGGUGGCUCAGCAGGAGAUGGCCGUGGGGCACUCAGGGGUGCCUGAGGGCCCCAACUUUGGCACCGGGGGUGGGGGUGGGAGUGGGGACUUGCUCUUCCUUGCACGUACACAUCCGCAGAGGAGUGGACAUUGGGAUGGCAUGUGAGAGAGAGGGGACUGAGGGGUCCACAGAGGGCCUGCCUCCCUCCCUCCUUGGCCCCUCUCCACACCUCCUCCCAGCUCCUUCCCAUCUUGACCCCACCUCCCUACUCUUGGCGCCCUCAUUGUCUUGCUACCUCCUGCCCCACCACCUCCAGGCCGCAUCCCACUUUCCCUCUUGGCUACUGUAAUUGUAAAUAGCAACCUUUGGAAAACGUUAGCAGUGUAACAGUCCAGGAAACUGUUCUUUUUGUUGUUGUUGUAUUGAUAUGAAAUGAGAUUCUAUUUUUGUCAAAGUAUAUUGUAAUAAUAAUGACUCAAACGGCCCGUACUGUACAGACGAGAUUCUUCUGCUGUUGUUCUUGAUCCCGCCCCGCCCCCUAGUCUGUCCCUCUCUGCUGACCCCCACCUUGGGGGCAGCCGAGGCAUGAGGUCCUGAGACCUCAGGCUGGAUCACUGACAAACUGGAGGGGGCAGGCCCCCGGCCCGUGAUCCCCCACCGCCCCCACCCUAAGGGCCCGGCCUGGGGCGCUGUGGGCAGGCAGACUGGGGUCUCCCCAACCUUCACAGAAGCCCAGCUCCUCUGCCCAGGUGCGCAGUGCUCCCUUGGAGUUUCAUCCUGGUGGGAACGUGGAGUUAGACAAGGCCCAGUUUGGUAGUAGGUGACUGUCUUUGCCCGCCUCUGACCCAGCCGCUUGCAGUAUUCUGACACAACGCAGGGAAGGAACCAAAAGCAGGGGUACAUGUGAGCACACAUGUGGUGUAUGUACUUACCAGAGCAUAUGGUAUUCAUGUGUCUGAGUGUACCUUAUAUUUAUGUGCGUGUGUGUGGUUGCCUGGGCGUACCUUUGGGCAUCUCUGAAGCCCAUCUGGGCGUACCCGUUAAUCUGUGACUGGAGCUCUGAGGGCAUGUGUGUGUGUGUGUGUGUGUGCGCGCGCGGGCGAGUGCGCCUGGGUGUGUGUUUACAGAGGAAUAGGUGGCUCUUGCUGCCACGCAGCCUUGGCUUCCAGCUCUGUGACCCUCCUUCCCUGCUCCUUCACCUUUUCUCACCCCAGCUCGGGGAUGUUUGUAACACCGCAGCUGGGGCUCUGGCAGUUGUCCAUCUUUGCUUCUACCCAUAGCCCUACCUCUCUUGGGGCUCCAGGCACAAUUGUCCACCCAGUCUUCACACUUCCCACACAGCUCCCUUUCAUGGGGUACCCUCUUCCUCCCCAACCAGUCCUGCUUUCAGGGUGACACUCAACGCCCUCUUCCUCUCUGAACCUUUGCCUUGCCUGUGCAGCAGUCCUUACAGCUUUGUCCCUCCCGCCGACUGGGCACAUAGCUUGUCGUGUUCCUGCAGGUUCCUAGAGGGGUUUCAGGAAUCCAUGAGACUUGAUCAGGGCCUUGAAAGCAGCCAGGGUGUAGUCUUGAGCAUGUGUGCAGCCCCAGAGCCUUGCCCAGUGCCUGGCACAUAGUUGGCGCUCAGCAAAUGUUGAAUGGGUGAAUGAUAGGUGCUCAAUAAAUGUGGAACGACUGGCCUUCCCUUCUCAGGCUAUUCCUGCCAUCAGUCUGCCCACCUUUCCAGGCUGGGCUUGGCCACCAUUAAACAUGGGGUGGGGGUGAGGGCCCCUGCAGUUCACGGUGCAAUAUUCACCAGUUUUGCCCUCUGCCUUGUAAUGGCAAACCUGGCUUUUGAUUACCAUGUGCGGAUGUGUGUGUCCUUUCUUCUCCAUCCCUGGGGGCAGGGGCUGGUCUCUGAAUGAAUAUGUGAUACUUCUGCAAUUCAGUAUCCCAAAGUUUCUCUUGGGGGUAGGGGUUCCUGGCUGGCCAGACGAAUGGGUCCCUGGGAACCCAGACCUUGAGUGGGGACUUCUUUUCUUCUUCCUUUCACAAGCCAAAUUUGCCUCCACCCACUCCUUCCUCAGAAGAACUGGGCAUUUGCCAAAGUAAUCACUGGAGUCAUCCACUGUCCCUCCCCUCCCCAGGUUUCCCACAGCUUUCAGGGACAGGGGGCAAGAGGACCCCCCCCCAACGCCCCAGUGGAACGCACCGUUUCCCCUCUCCCCAGCAGUGCACUCAGUGCAGCCAGACUGACCCCUGACCCUCACCCAGCCCUCCCCAUCUUGGACAGGAAGGAAGUAAUGCACCUUCUCUUGCUGAUUAUUUAUUUGUUUGGAGAGACAGAAAUGAUGUAAAAGUGUAUCUAGAAAUAUCUAUAUCUAUAUAUUUUUAACUGACUCUUUGGAAUCCCCUGGGGUAGGGUAGGGGUGAAUUUAGGCUUUCACGGAGGGGAGGAGGCCGGAGCCUGGGAACUCCUCACCCUCCCCUCCACCACCUCUCUCCACCCGCUAAGCAGUUGGUAGAAGGAAUGGGAUUUGUAUGGGGGGAGGGGGGUUGGACUGUUACAUGGAGAAUCUGGAUUCUCUGUCUUCCCCACUCAAGUCCCAGACAGGGGGAGCAGGGCGGGGGGGAUAGGCCAUAGAGGUGCCCCACCCCCAAACCUGACAAUCACCCACACUCCUGGGGCUCCUCCUGGGUCCUGGGCAGGGCGAGUCCAAGUGUGUGGCAGUUGAUUUGUUUUCAAUAUUUCUUUUCGUGCUGUAUGGUGAUGCUUUCUUAGUAUUCUACACAAUAAGAAAAGACAAAGUCCUCGAGAUUCUUAUGAGUUUUGUUUGAAAACUCUUUCACUAUAUUUGUUGUAAAGAGGUUUACUAUUAAAAGAAAAAGAAUACACGUUUCUGA